CAAAAUUCUAGAGACCGACGGCGCAAAAAGGCAGAACUUCGACUCCCAGAUCUCCGCAAUUCACGACUGUAACCCAGCAUCCCGACACUUCUUUCGUCGCCCGUCACCAGUCUCUCCUCCACCCGAUUUUCGAAAAAUCUGCCAUUACUCUUGGCCGGCGAUUUCCCAAAAUACUACCGACUUUAAUCAACAAACAACCCGACUCGGCCCCUUGACCAUCACCCACCGAUAAACAACACAUCUCGCCCAACAUGCCUGCGCCAACAGCACUUCGUCAGCCUGUCAAGGCUCCCGCCGCCCAGAUUCCUAUCCAGACCGAGCAAGAGGACGAGCUCAUUCUCGAUGUCAACGAGGCCGUCAACCUCACCGAUCCCAGCGCCGCCGCUCCCCCUUCCAAUGACCAAGAUGUGCAGAUGGCUGUAGACGAGGAGGGCCGCCCCCGUUUCGCCCCCGGCCAGGACGUCCAGAUCAUUCGCCGCGCAGAGACCAGGAAAAUUGGUAUCCCGCCAAACCGCAUGUCGGCCCUCAAGGCCAAUUGGACCAAGAUCUACCCCCCACUUGUAGAGCACUGCAAGCUCCAGGUCCGCAUGAACAUCAAGGAGAAGCGCGUCGAGCUCCGCUCCAGCAGACACACCACCACCCCCGAAUCCCUGCAGAUGGGUGCCGAUUUCGUCUCCGCCUUCGCCAUGGGCUUCGACAUUGACGACGCCAUUGCCCUGCUCCGUCUCGAUUCGCUCUAUAUCCAGUCCUUCGAUGUCAAGGAUGUCCGUCAGACCCUUGGCCCCGAUGCUCUGGGACGUGCGAUUGGUCGUAUUGCAGGCAAGGACGGAAAGACCAAGUUUGCGAUUGAGAAUGCCACAAAAACCAGAAUCGUCCUCGCCGGCUCCCGCGUUCAUAUCCUCGGUGCCUUCGAGAACAUUGGCAUGGCCCGCGAGUCCGUCGUCUCCCUCAUUCUCGGACACCAGCCCGGCAAGGUGUACAACAACCUCCGGAUCAUUGCCUCGAGGCAAAAGGAGAGAUUCUAAGCUCUUUCUUUCACGAAAAACGGCAACAAUGUGUUACACUUCUAUUGCCGCUAUUCUCACCUAAUGAAUGGUUCACGCACGGGGCUGCAUGGUUCAGUCAACAAAAAAUCGACGGUUUUCAUCACAUAAGGGGCGAAGGUGGCAUUUCGGGAGCUACGCUUAAAAAGGGUUCUGGCGUUUAGGAGUUCAUUAUGCUUUUGCUUUGAGUUUGGAGAGUUUGAAAUGGGCGAUUCAGUCAGUCAUGCUGGGGAUAUCUACGAAGGUGUGUAGAAGCGGGAGGAAGAGGACGGGAUAUUGGGGAGCUACCGCCUUGCGAAUCUUUCAAUGUGUGGUUAUGAUCUAUACCCGGAGGACGAGAAGAGAAGACAAUGAACAGAGAUAUUCACCAAAAGGCGGUUUAGUGCAUAUUGGCUGGCAAGGUCGAUUAUUGUGCAGAGAAAGUGAUGUGGGAAACUGAUCCAGUGCGCUCAUUUGGUUGAGGUUCAAUUCCAUGGUGACGGCAAAUCAAGCAAAAUGUAAGGAGCUGAUGUGAUGGGCACCAAUGUAGCCAGGUGAGCCACGAUAGAUUGGUUUCUUCAGGUCAUACAAGUAGUAGUUAUUUCCA